CGGCAAUGUUUUCGUCUGUCCAAACGAACAGUGCGUAGCUUGUGCGACGAACUUGACCCUAUCAUCGGAUGCCAGCGAGCCAGAGGUCUUUCCACAGAGAGAAAGGUGUUGUGCGCGCCGCGAUUUUUCGCCACUGGUAGCUUCCAGCUGAGCAUUGGCGUGCUGGCGUGUGUCGACGGCACGUUGGGCUAUUAUGCCCUGAACGUCAUGAUCGCGUGCAACGCGCGGCUGCGCAUCCUUGUCGUGGACUCACGAUUCCCAGGUUCGUGCCACGACUCCUGGGUUUGGGAACACAACUCUUUGCGUUCACGCCUAGCUGCACAGCUGCAGCCUGGCGAAUAUCUGCUUGGAGACGCAGGGUAUCCCCUCGAGCCAUGGCUCCUCGUUCCAGUCCCUGGCAGUCACCACGGCAACACUUCCGAAGGCCGAUUCAACAAGGAGCACGCAUCCAUGCGCAAUUUUGUGGAAAGAUGUAUCGGAGUGUUGAAGAGCAAGUUCCGCUGCUUGCAGCACUUUCGAACGAUGCUCUACAACCCCGAUCGAGCAGGGCGAAUUAUUUAUGCUUGCGCUGCUCUCCACAAUAUUGCAUUGGACGCGGGGGACUGGACCUUGGAUGAGUAUGUUGGGGACAUGCCACCAGCUGAGGAUGACGAUGGGGAGCCAGGAGAGAGCCAUGUGCUCACACCGCGCAACGUGCUGCAGGGCCCUCAGCCAUGGCCCGCUUCAAGGAUUGGACCACCUGCAGGAUUCUCUCCUGUGCUGCUGCCGCCCGCUCCUGUGCUGCGGCCGCCCGCUCCUGUGCUGCUGCCAUACGCCGCGCUAGAGAUGUGA